AUUUGACAUACACUUUAUGUAGAAACGUCAUUGAAUUUUUUCUUAUGAGCCAUUGGGGAAAGAAAUUGGCUGCGGUAGUAUUUGUUUAACAAAAAUUGAUGCUAAUUUCAUAAAUAUUUUAAACAGUGAACUCUAUACUACUUUUUAACAAAAUGCCUCUUAAAUUGGACAUAAAACGCCGGCUAACUUCGCGUUCCGAUCGAGUAAAGUGUGUUGAUCUGCACCCAUCAGAACCAUGGAUGUUGUGUGCACUUUACAAUGGCCACGUACACAUUAUGAACUAUGAGAAUCAACAAUUAGUAAAAGAUUUCGAAGUAUGUGAUGUGCCAGUACGUUGCGGACGUUUUGUGGCUAGAAAAAAUUGGCUCAUAACAGGCUCCGAUGAUAUGCAAAUACGUGUUUUCAACUAUAACACUCUUGAAAAGCUACAUUCGUUCGAGGCGCAUUCGGACUAUCUACGAUGCAUUGCCGUUCACCCGACGCAACCGCUAAUAUUGACAAGCAGUGAUGACAUGCUUAUAAAGUUAUGGAAUUGGGAAAAAAUGUGGGCAUGUCAACGCGUGUUUGAGGGUCACACCCACUAUGUUAUGCAGAUUGUGUUUAAUCCGAAAGACAAUAACACAUUUGCAUCGGCUUCACUAGACCGAACAGUAAAGGUUUGGCAACUCGGCUCAACCUUCGCAAACUUCACUCUUGAAGGCCAUGAGAAAGGAAUCAACUGCAUCGACUACUACCAUGGAGGUGAUAAACCCUAUUUGAUUUCUGGUGCAGAUGACCGACUAGUCAAGAUUUGGGACUAUCAAAACAAAACUUGUGUACAGACAUUGGAGGGACAUGCGCAAAAUAUAUCGGCGGUCUGUUUUCAUCCAGAGUUGCCCAUAGUUUUAACUGGUUCUGAGGAUGGCACAGUUCGAAUUUGGCAUUCGGGCACCUACCGUUUGGAGACUUGCCUCAACUAUGGAUUUGAACGAGUUUGGACAAUCGCGUGUAUGCGCGGCAGUAAUAACGUUGCCUUAGGCUAUGAUGAAGGAUCAAUUAUAAUAAAAGUCGGGCGAGAAGAACCAGCAAUGUCAAUGGAUGUAAUCGGCUCAAAAAUUAUUUGGGCUAAGCAUUCUGAAAUGCAGCAGGUCAAUUUAAAAGCAAUGGCUGAUGGUACCGAAAUUAAAGAUGGUGAACGCUUGCCAGUUGCCGUUAAAGAUAUGGGUGCCUGUGAAAUCUAUCCCCAAACCAUUGCGCACAAUCCCAAUGGCCGUUUUGUUGUAGUAUGUGGCGAUGGAGAAUACAUCAUUUACACAUCCAUGGCCUUGCGUAAUAAAGCAUUUGGGUCUGCCCAAGAAUUCGUUUGGGCAUUAGAGAGCAAUGAAUAUGCCAUACGAGAAAAUAAUGGAACAGUACGUCUAUUCCGCAACUUUAAGGAACGUAAGAGUUUCACCCCCGAAUACGGAGCAGAAAGUAUAUAUGGUGGUUAUUUGUUUGGUGUAAAAACAUCAUCUGGAUUGGCGUUUUAUGACUGGGAAACACUGCAGUUAGUGCGUCGCAUCGAAGUGCAGCCCCGACAUGUUUUUUGGAAUGAAGCUGGCACUCUAGUCUGUCUUGCUACCGAUGAAUCUUAUUUUAUACUCUCAGUAGACACAGCUGCUAUUGCAGCUGCUCUAGAGAGCAAGCAGGUACUCGAAGAUGAUGGCAUAGAAAGUGCCUUCGAUGUGUUGGGCGAGGUCAACGAGGUAGUAAAGACCGGAAUUUGGGUAGGCGACUGCUUUAUUUAUACAAAUUCUGUAAACCGCAUUAACUACUGUGUUGGUGGUGAGAUUGUUACCAUAUCCCACUUGGAUCGCACAAUGUAUUUGCUUGGCUACGUGCCAAAAGAUAAUCGCCUGUACUUAGGUGAUAAGGAGCUUAACGUCAUCUCAUUUUCACUUCUGCUCUCUGUACUUGAAUACCAAACAGCGGUUAUGCGUCGCGAUUUCGAGCGGGCAGACGUUGUGUUACCCACUGUGCCUAAAGAGCAUCGCACAAGAGUCGCUCAUUUCUUGGAAAAACAAGGCUUUAAACAGCAGGCAUUACAGGUCUCCACCGAUCCCGAUCACAAAUUCGAUUUAGCCUUGCAAAUUGGUGAAUUAGAUGUAGCGUUGAAGUUAGCGCGCGAAGCAGAAAAUCCCCAAAAGUGGUCUCAAUUAGCUGAUGUUGCAUCACGCAAAAAUAACAUGCAGCUUGUCAAAGAGUGCAUGCAGAAAGCAAAUGAUUUCAGUGGGCUUUUACUGCUGGCAACAUCUUCAGGCGAUGAAAACAUGUUGGAGGAAGUAGCCGAAAGCAGUUCCAAACAAGGUCGUCACAAUAUUGCAUUCCUCUCGUCAUUCGUACGAGCUGAUGUGCAACGUUGUCUUGAUAUUCUAAUCGAGACAAAUCGUUUACCCGAAGCGGCAUUCUUUGCACGCACUUACAUUCCCAGUCAAAUGUCGCGUGUAGUGGAACUUUGGCGUGAAGAGUUGGCCAAGUUUAACGAAAAGGCUGGCCAAUCACUUGCCGAUCCUGCCAAAUAUGAAAAUCUAUUCCCUGGGCUUGGUGAGGCACUGCGCGUGGAAGAAUUUUUGCAGAAAACACAAAACAAAAAAGUACCAGCUGCCACUGCCGCCAAACUACCCCUCAAUAUUGAGCGUAAUCCCAUUGAGGAAAUGCAUGCAGCUGAGCAACGUGGAAUUUUCGAAAGCAAUAGCAAGCCAGCUGCGCAAUCGUAUAAGAAAAAUGAUGACUUUGAGGACGAAUCGGCGGCCACUGUUGUAGCCACUUCCACUGCGGUCGCAUCUGCAUUAAAUAAAACAUCAGAUGGGCUGGAAAACGAAGGUGAUGACAUUGACGAUGAGCUAGAUCUAGAAAUUGAGGGUGUAACGCUGGACGAUAAUAUUGAUACGACAGAUGUUAAUUUAGAUGAGGACUUUUUAAGCGAUGACUAAGUCAACCGCUGUCCACUUUCUUUUUACCAUACCACAAAAAAAAAUAUUACAUUUACAUUAAGAAAUUUAUUCCCAUACACGAAUUGUUAUCAUUUAUUAAGUUCUUUUGCAUUGGAACUGUGUUAGUCAUUCUUUGAUGUAACAAUACUAAUGUGAAAAUGGUUUAAGCCGAAUAUGAGAUAUUGGAUAUGCACAGUACGCAUCCGUGGCAAUCGACGAUUAUUAAUGCUACGGCAAAAAUUUAAACAUUCUGUAUAAAUUUAUUAUAAUACAAAAUAAAGGAAAUACUUAUAGCAAAUAA